UAUGAACUUGCCAACCAGCACGCAUGACCAGAAUGGGAGUGGUGACCUUUUGCGUCCUCAAAACGUCAGUCUAACCGGAGACGCUCAAGAGCUCGCUUCGCAGUCGACCAUUCGUCAGCAACCGACUUCUUGUUCGUGGAUCGUUGGCUUCCGCUCUUGCUUUCACGCUUCUACUCGACGAACGAGACAAAGCCCGCCGAAAUGGUUUGGAUCACCGCCGACGAUAAGAUGGCCGGCCAGCCGAACACCCAGGCGUUGUACGCCCAAAGCCAACUGGACCACAUGUGCGCCCUGGACAUCGGCAGCCGCGCGUCCUUCGUCCGCUUGUCCGGCAUCAUCUGCACGAUCGGCCCCGCGUCCAGGUCCGUGGAGACCCUGGAGAAGAUGAUCGAGACGGGCAUGAACAUCGCUCGCAUGAACUUCUCGCACGGCACCCACGAGUAUCACGCCGAGACGAUCGCCAACGUGCGCCAGGCGCAGAAGAACCUGACCGGCCGCGCCAGCAUCAACAUCCCCGUCGCCAUCGCCUUGGACACCAAGGGCCCCGAGAUCCGCACCGGACUUCUGGAGGGCGGCGGCUCGGCCGAGGUGGAGUUGGUGAAAGGUCAGAUCUUCAAGCUGUCGACCGACAAAGCGUACACGGAGAAGGGAAACGCCCAGCUUGUCUACGUUGACUACGAGAACAUCACGAAGGUGUUGAAGCCCGGCAACCGCGUGUUCGUCGACGACGGUUUAAUCUCUCUCAUCGUCACCGCUGUCAGUUCCAAUUUGGUUUCGACGACCAUCGAGAACGGCGGUAUGUUGGGCUCCCGCAAGGGCGUGAAUUUGCCGGGGGUGCCGGUGGACCUGCCGGCGGUGUCCGAGAAGGACAAGUCUGACCUUCUGUUCGGGGUCGAGCAGGAGGUCGACAUGAUAUUCGCCUCCUUUAUCCGCAACGCCGCGGCGUUGACGGAAAUCCGCGCGAUCCUCGGCGAGAAGGGCAAGAACAUCAAGAUCAUAUCGAAGAUAGAGAAUCAGCAGGGCAUGACGAAUCUCGACGAGAUCAUCGAGGCGUCCGAUGGUAUCAUGGUAGCGCGCGGCGAUCUGGGAAUUGAGAUACCGCCGGAGAAGGUGUUCCUGGCGCAAAAGUCCAUGAUCAGCAGGUGCAACAAGGUCGGCAAGCCUGUGAUCUGCGCCACGCAGAUGCUGGAGUCCAUGGUGAAGAAACCGCGCGCCACCAGGGCCGAGACGUCCGACGUCGCCAAUGCCAUUCUCGAUGGCGCUGACUGCGUCAUGUUGUCAGGUGAAACCGCGAAAGGGGACUACCCGCUGGAGUGCGUUCGCACAAUGGCCAACAUCUGCAAGGAAGCGGAGGCGGCGAUUUGGCAGAUGCAAAUCUUCCACGAUCUGUCGAGCAAAGCACUGCCGCCCAUCGACGCCACGCACGCCGUCGCCGUCGCCUCUGUGGAGGCGUCUGUCAAAUGCUUGGCCACCGCCAUCAUCGUCAUCACAACGUCCGGCCGGUCAGCGCACUUGAUCGCAAAGUACAGGCCGCGUUGUCCGAUCAUCGCGGUCACCAGGUUCCAUCAAGUCGCCCGGCAGGCGCACUUGUACCGCGGAAUAUUGCCGUUGUAUUACGACGAGUCACCGCUGGCCGACUGGGUGAAGGACGUGGACACGCGCGUGCAAUACGGAUUGAACUUUGGCAAGAGUCGCGGCUUCAUCAAGACUGGUGACUCGGUCAUAGUCGUGACAGGAUGGAGACAAGGCUCCGGCUUUACGAAUACACUCCGCAUCGUGACUGUCGACUGAACGCAUUAUAAUUGGUCUAUCAUAAGCAACACGAUUCUCAUGUGCGCUCGAACGUGUAUGUAACUGUAUAUUAUCCUCCUGCAAGUUCCAAUGAAUACAAUUAUGCGAGACUAUUUAAUCAGUAGCCCCAGUAUUACGUGUCACCAUUGAGACACACGAGUGCGGCAUACAGAGAAUUAAAAAAAAAGAAAAAAGAUUUAAAAACAUUUGUGUACACGCAUAAGCAGUAUGCGAUAGAAUGAUUUCGUCGUGUUUUACAAACGAGUUACGAAAGCAACAUCUAAAUUAUUAGCGUGAGGCAACUGACCGAGCGUUGAAUCUUCAAGUUUCUAUGUAGAGUAUGUGAGAAUAAAGACGUUUAUUUUACAUUAAUCAACGUGUCGUCGUAAUGAUGUAAUUCAUGCAACUAAAAAUCCGUGUAACUCUAUCACUAUCAAAUUUCUACGAUCAAAUUUGUUUCUCGCAUCAUUACGCGAAUUUCUUUUUUAACCUUUGUGAAUGAAAUCCUUAGAACUCAGGAUCACGAGUACAUUCGAGUAACAAGCGUUUUAUCGUAGACUGCUGUAAGAAAUAGGUCGGAAUUCGUGGUGCACGAUGUUGAAGUAUGCGCAACUUUGUGCUUUGUGCGAUGAAAACUCUCGACACUCUCUACAUAUGUCUGAUAUAUUUAUACGCUACAUGUGUUCUGAUAUAUUUAUACGCUAAUACAUGGCGAGUAUAUAUAUAUAUAUACCGUGUUUCGUAAUUAUACACGUGAUCAGAUAUCAUGAUAAGAGCGCACAUGAUCAGCACGAACGCAUACAGCGUGAAAUUCCAAGUUGAAGAACGGCGUUUGUUUCACGUCGCUACGUCGAUUUUUCAUCGAGUUAUGGACGCUCGAAGAACCGAGAGCUACGAAGGAGCGACGUGCCGCCUUCUGUCGGCAACACCGGGCGGCGCACGCCUGGGUACAUUGUAACACAUCAGCAACUCGGCCUGACACCUGUCGCGGCGAAGACGGCGGCGCGUUGGACUAGAAAGGGAGCGGCGCACAA